GCGGUUGCGGAGUGGGGGAAGCUGCGCCGGUAGUCAGGUGCGUCGCGUGCCCCCUUCUCCCGGCACGUAGUUAGCUCGUGUUUUGUUUUGAGAAGGUUUAACAGCGUCCGUUCCCACGCUUCCGCACGCUGCCGCCACGGCAAGCGAUUUCGAAUUCGUUGCACGCCAUAGAUUUCGCGCUCGAACGUGCCGGUGUCCCGCGCGAUCUGUCUACUUGCUAUAUACCUCGCGAAUAAAAUCGCGAACAUAGUGAUCGCGCCCGUCAUGAUUUUUGAACCGCGACGCGAAGCGUUUUCAUGGCCGGUUUGUCCACCGUGGAAAUCGCACGUCGCUUCGCGGUGGCCUGAGUGGGUUGCGUGGUUUACAGUGAGGUUUGAAAAUGACGCGUUCAAGCGGAUGAAAGCUGAUGAAGAUGUCGAAAUGAGUAGUUUCGCGGUUUCUUUGGAUGACUUUGGGAUUGUCGAGAAAGGUUUAGGUUAGGAUCACGCGGGUUUGGUUAAUUGGAAUUGUGAUUGGACAACCUGAAGUUGGCUACGAUUGCGCGGGAAUGAUAUGAUUGAGAGUGGGCCAUUGUUUCAGCAUUACAAUAAUCCUGCUCCUGACUUCUUACCUUCUUAUUUCCUCUUCUCGUUUUUCUCUUUUGUUCUCUUGUUUUUUGCUUGAGAGCUUACUUCCCGCCUAUCCCACACCUUUGCGUUUUGCAUCUCUCCUUUUUUUUCACUUUUUUAUAUUCUUCUAGUAUUCUUUCUUCAUCUUAGUAAAACAUUUUGUAUUUUUUAAAUUUAUUAUUGUUAUUUUAAACUUUAGAAUUAAACAUUUUUUAGAAAAUUAUUAAUUUUUUAAAAACUUCCAUAUUAAUUAACAUUAAUAAAUUGUUCUUGAAUUCAAGCAUAAAUAUUCUUAGUUUUCUAUUUCUAAUGCAAUUCUAAGUGCAAUAUAACAUAGUUAUAUUAUCACACAAUAAUAAUAAAAAAAAAUUAAAAUACAAAAUUAUUUUUUUCAUAAAAUAUCAAUAAAAAUACGAAUUUAUAAACAAUAUUGGAACUCAAUCUUCUUAUUAAAGCAAUUUUGCGACAUUCCUUUUUUCAUAUCUUUAUAUCUUUAUGUUCAAAAUAAACUUGGGUCUUCAAUCCCAGUUCGAUCACCCCAUAUUCAUUUACGUAAACAUUCGCAGGGUUCUUAUGACACCCUUCCAGAACAUUACUCCUGGGUAAUAUUACACUAUAGCCGGGAACAAGAGUGUUCCAAAGAAGCCGGACGUUGGGUUCGAAUCGCAAUGGACUUCCCACAUACUUUCACGCCGCGUACUCGCUCAUAAACCGUCUCUCGUUUUCUCGGGCGGGCCGUUGAAUAUUGUCACGCACCAUAUUCCCAUGUAUGCGGCGCAACCUCUCUGGUGAAGAGCGGCGCGUGCAUACGGCACGCGUGCUCCCUGGAAAUCGACGGUAAACCGGAUGUUCCAUCAACUCCUAUUAAAGCUAUGUAGUUUUAUACUCGUUCCCGCGUAAAUCGUUCACUGGAAAUCCUGGCAAAUCCGUGAAUAUGAUCGUUUUUUUCUCUCUCUUCUUAUCAAAUAAUCUUUUGAAUAAUUCAAUUCAAUUUAAUUUUUAUAUUAAAUUUUAAGAAAUAAUUUUAUUAUUUCUUACUUUAAAAUAUUAUUAUAACUAUGAUUUAAUAGUAUAUUUUGAUAAAAUCUUAUCUAUUAAUUGCAAUCAUAUCUUAAAAUUUAUAUAUAUGAUUGGUUAAUAUUCAUGUAAAUUCAUUUAUUAAUCAAAAAUAUAAAAAGUUUAUUUUUUGAUUUUUUUCAUGUGUUAAAUAAUAAUCUAAUAAUAUUUGUAAUAAUAUAAAUUUAAGCAUAUAAAAUAGUACAUCAAAUAUUAUUUUAUUUCAACGUAACUAUUUCAUAAUUAUUCUUGUUAUUUUUUGCUUGAAAUAUGUAAAGUGUUUGGGUAAUUUUAAAUGGUAUCGUAUAAUAACAAUCCUAUACGAUUCCAUAAAAUUUCACAAAGUUGUUUGGGAAAUUAAACGCAUCCCUACAACCCCGUGCAUGCGGUCACACGUUGCUAUGAAAGUUAGAAGAUUCCUACGGUUUUUCGGUUCCCACGAGCGGGGUGCGUCAGGUGGUUAGCGUGGGGUGUAUCCUCCUUCUUUCUUUACCCCUCGAAAUAGAUGUAAACCUCAUCGUGAAACCCCUGGCGCCGUCCCUCUACUAUUUUCAACACGCAGCAUCUACGUGUACGUAUCCUACAUGCUAUGAUUUACGAACAAGAUUACACUCGUUGACCCAAUGCAACCCAUCACGAUAUUAGGGAUGAGGAAUUUGGAGAAGAGUUAAGAGCUCUGAUUUUGAAAUAAGAUAACUCAGAAACAGUAUAGUGAAAAUUUUUAUUUAACAAACUUAAUAAUUUAUUUGGAAUUAGUAAAUUAAAAUUAUUUUAUUUUAAAAAAUCAAAAUAUGUUAAUAAUUUUAGUUAAUAACGAAGAAUGCAAAAUAAUUGCAAAAGAGCGUGAAACAAAAUUUCAAGUUAAUUUUAAUGAUAAUAGUGAAUAUUUUGUAUCUUGUUUCGAUACAAUAUAUCAUUCUGUAAAUAAAAGUUAAUGUCAUGAUUAAUUUGUCAUGAAUUAAUUAUUUAAUAUUAUUAUUUUAUUUUCAGUUUCUAUAUAUAAUUGAGUAGAGAAUUGGGAAUUAUUUUUAUCAAUUCGAAAUAAAAAGAUACACAGAAUGAAUGAAAGAUUAUAAUACGAUUCAAAGUAGUUCGAGACUAUAAAUCGAUUGUGGGGAAUUUCUUGGGGCGUGAGUUAUUUGGAACGUUAUUUCAUUGGAACCAGUCUUCUUGGUCGAUAUAUUAGAUAAUAUUUCAUUUUAAAGAUUAAUUGUAAUGAAUUAUUUAUAUCUCGUAUGAAUUUAUGGUUUUAAUUUUUACAAAUGAUAGUUUAAGAAAUAAUGUAAUCCAUUAUUUUGAAUAAUAUAUGAGUUGGAUUUAUAAAUAAUCUUAAAUUGAUGAAGAUAAUAUAAUAUUUGAUAAAGUAUAAUGUAAUUUAUUUAUUAGAAUAUUUUAUUUGAACAAAGAUAAAAAAUGCACUUGAUAUUUUAAUUUAAUUUUUUGAUAAACUGAGAAAACUUUUUAAAAUUUCUUAAUUUUUCUUAUAAUAUAUACGAAAAUAAAUUUGAUUGCAAAUAAAUUAAUAAAUUUAAUAAUUAUUGUUGAUUAAAAUAUAUUAAAGGCCACUAUAGAAGUUCUGUCAAUUGUGAAAGAGGUUUUAUUUCGUCUGUACAUUUCGGUUAUUCGCAGACACGUUUUUGCCCAAAGAAUCGUGUAGCUCCAUCGUGGGGGAGCAUUCCCACCAGACAACAAUUAACAUCUAAAGGAACAUUUCGACUGAAGUCGUUGUCGGUUCAUUCUGCACGCCUUUUUUCCCCCCCUUUCCUAUGACGUCGUUGACCUACUUUUUCAAUCAUUAAAAAGAUUUAAUAUUUCAAUAUGACCAUGUUAUGUUUCAAAGCAGACUAAACAAACAUUUUAAAAUAUUUUUAUCAACACAGCUUCCAUUUUCAUUCCAUUUCAUUAUAAUUUUUAAUGCUAAUAUAAUAAUAAUUUUUAAUAUGAUUUUUCUCCAUGCAUUCUAUUUCCUCUUAAUUAAUUUAUCAUUGCAGUGUAUGAAACAAUAAAUAUGCAUGUAUAUAUAAAACUAACAUUGAUUUUUCUUAUUGAUAUACAAUUUUUCAUAAAACGUACCGAAUCUGUGAUUUCGAAAUUAAAUUUCAUUUCUCGUCAAAAGAAAAAAAAUGAAACAAUUCAUAGAAUAAAAUAAAAAAAAAAAAAUAAAGAAACCAGCUAACGUUGGAUGCAAUCAACACUUCCCUCGCAAUGCUUAAACAUUCCAAUACAAUCUCCAAACCACUAAUUCCGACCAAAUGCCACAAAUUCCCACUCUCCCUGACAAGAGGAAAAAAAGGAAACAGACGAAGCAAUCCUAGCCACGCCAUCGCCACGUUUCACCCCCAAUCAAACCGUACACCAUUCGUUCCCGAAACAGUCUUUCCUUUCUCCAUACACACACACAAAAAAAAGAAGAUGUGAAAAAAAAGGAAUCCGUGAUAAAGUUUCCCAAGAGGCCAAUGACAACGACACCCAACCCCCUUAAGUAGCCUCGAUUCGGUUAAGAUUCGACAUCGGAGGAAGAGGGGAAGAAAAAAAAAGCAGAAGAAGAAGGCCAUGGCGAGAUAUACACAGAGAAGGAAUAUAAAAAAAAGAAAGAGAGAGAAAGAGAGAGAGAGAGAAAAGAAGAAAAUAGGGGAUAAGGUCGGAGGCACGAGAUCCUUCCCACGUCGACGAAACGUGCUGAAAGCGUGCUGCUCGCGUGGCCGUUAGAGCGGCACGGUUGGGGAGGAAAGGAGAGGCCAUUGGUGCAUCGAGCCGGAAUCUUUCUCACGGGCGAGGAGGACGUCAGGUGCAGGACCUCCUUCAGGAAGUACAACGGUUCCUUACAAGGAUUCGCGACUUCUGCCUUCCCACGCUCCUCCAGUUGUAACGGCCAGAUUCGACUCUUCUCCACCACCCUAACCACUGCACCGUAAAGCCUCUUGGCCAUGGUAGGGGCAUGUCGAGGUUCAAACGUGUGCGUACGACCUUAUUUUCCGAAAAUGUCUCACGAAUAUACCAACGUAUCCAAACGACAAACAACGUUCUAAAAUUUCUUCGUACCGCAGAGGAGAAUGUUCCGACUAAUAAGGAACCGAAGGAAUACCAAAAAUAUAUAAGCAUAAAUAUUUCCAGAUAUAUCAACUUCUUCGACAAUCAAAUGUGGAUGUUUAUCAAAUCUUGAAGAGAUAUAGCUCGUGCAAUGAUGUCAUACGAAUUUCCUCAUCCAGUUUCAAAGACAUACCGGUAUAAAAAAAUAACGAAGCCAUUGUUGGAAAGAAAACGGCGUGCACGCAUAAAUAAAUGCCUGGAUGAGUUGAAAAAUCUUAUGAUAGAUGCAUUAGAGACGGAAGGGGAGGACAUAAGCAAGCUGGAGAAAGCGGACAUUCUGGAGUUGACCGUGCGCCAUUUACAAAGGCUGCAAGGCUCACGAUCCUCCACCGGAUUGCCGGACAUGAAGAAUGACGAGGUCUCGGCCGAAAAUCGGUGGUUAUCCGGUUUCGGCCACUGCGCAGCUGAGGCGUACAGAUUUCUCUCGGCUGUUCCAGGUGAAGGCGCGGAAAGAUUAGCAAGGCACCUCGCAGCUGGCCUUCAAAAGAGCCGGCAAACAAAUUCGACGCUGAAAACAAACGUGCUGACCCAAACUUUGGCAAGCUUGGAUCUCACUGCUGAUUUACUGGCUUCGUCGAUUCCUAUCGAUAACGUUCAAGUAGCUUCUUCCAAUCAAAAUGCGGUCACUUAUCGUGGGAGGAUUCCUGACGCAAUCACGUUUAACAUUCCACCUGGGUGUAACAGUGGGACGAACGUGGAAAAUGGGGAAAAAUUGGAAAGAGGUUGCAUUUCCGAAAUAUCGAGAGACUUGAAGGAGGGGCAAACAGGGGAGAAAGUUAAAACUGAGAUCAAAGUUGAGGACGAAGAGGAAAUCGAUGUGGAACGCGUUGAUGAAGUUGAUCCUAUGUGGCGGCCUUGGUAAUUUUUAAAAUUCUUCUCUCGAACGUUUUUUUAUUGUAUGGAAUUCCGCUUCUCCAUUUUUGUUUCAAGAAUGACUGAAAAAUAUCAUUGUUGAAUCUGUUUGAAAAGAAUUUUAUUCUUGCUCUUUUGAACAUUUGACUGUAUGUUAAAAUAGAGAUUCUAUGACGAAGCAAAGAUGUUUAUGGAUGUAACAAAAAAAAGAGAAAGAAAUAUGGUGAUGUAAGUCUGAAAAUGAGAAUGUUCAAUAUUCCUCGAUUAUCCUUUAUUAUUCCUUUAUAUUUAUAAAGUAUAAUUUUUAAGUAAUAUUAUGUGUAUAAAUAAAUAAUAGUAUAUUGAUUCGAAGAAUUGUAUUUUAUUACAUAAUGGUUUAAAUUUACUACUUUUAUGUUUGUUAUUUACAUUUAUAAACCAAUUUUAAUUUCUAUUACUUAUUUCUAAUAAUAAUAUAUUUUAAUUGUUAUAUUUAUAAAUCGCAAUUUUUUCAUUGUUAUGAUCGAUCUCAUUAUUUAUAAUAUAAUUUUCAAUGCACAUAAUGAUGAUUUAAAAAUGGAAGAAUUUAUUUUAUUAUUAUUAAAGAAUUUUUUUUUAUAUAUAUAUUAUGAAAGUUACAUUAUGUGUAAAGAAAAUUUAUAACACUUUAAUUUAUAUCACUGUAAAAUAUUAUAAAUUUUAUAACAAUACUUAAAUCAAAAAAAAAUUUUUACCUUUUAAAAAAGAUUUUAAUUACGAAAAGAAAAAAAGGAAUGCAAAAAUCUUUUGUGAAAAAGAGAUAUUUUUAAUAAUAAUUAUAAUUUCAUUAAUUUAUAAUUCGAAAAAUAUUCAUUUUUUUUCUUUUCAAAUUUAGUUUUAUGUGGAACAUGUGUCUUUGUAUAUUUUAAGAAACAUCUACUUAUUUUAGAUAAGGAUUUUUCUCAAUUACAAAAAAGUUUAAAGCAAAAAUGUUUAUAAAAUGCAUAGAUUUAUUAAAAAAUAAUUAUUAUAUAUGUGUUAAAACAAGUUAUUAUAUAUGUAUAUAAAAAAGGGUUAAUACAUCUAUAUUUCUA